AUGCCAGUCAGCGGCAUCGGGGAGUAUCGCCUCGGUACAAGUGCGUCAUGGGACGAGUACGUGGAGCGACUUGAAAUGUACUGUGAAGCCAACAAGCUUUCGAAGGAUGAAGAAAAGCGUGCUGUUUUACUCAGCUCCUGUGGAGAAGAAACGUACAGUCUCAUCGUGACGCUGGUCAAACCCGAAAGGCCAACUGCUGCAGCUUACGAGAAGAUCAAGAAAGCGGUCCGAGAACACAUGCAUCCGAAGCCGUCAGUGCUGUGCGGUAGAUUUUUAUUUUACAAGCGUAACCAAGCGCAAGGCGAAAGCGUCGCAGAUUACGUGACAGCGCUGAGAAGACUGGCUGAAAACUGUGGCUUCGGAGACGACACGCUUCCUAUGGACGAGAUGAUGCGAGAUCGUUUCGUCUUCGGCAUCAGCAACGAGGCUGUGCAGCAACGCCUACUGGCAGAAAGGGACCUGACAUUCACUGUGGCGUACGACAUGGCCGUGACAGCGGAAGCAACCCAACGGCAGCAACGAGAAAUCAGGACACAGAGCCUCAGCGACGCGAACUGCAUAGGCGACGCGGCCCUCCACGAAACGCGCCCAAAGGAGCCAGCUGCGUCCAGAGAUGGCGUCUGUUACCGCUGCAAUGGAAGUUCUGUAGGAGAUGGCAGUGGCAGUACUGUACAUGCCAAGGCUCUUGUGAUGGAGACGUCGACGUCUUCGAAGUACUUCAUCACGGUAGAAAUUGCCUGGGUGACCAUGGUGAGUCCGCUGGAGGCCGCAUUCGAGGUAGGACUGAUGACCUUUGGCGCCGAUGUGGAGGUCGCUUGGGCUGCGGUACGAGAAAGUGAGUCCAAGGGAGCGUGGACAGCGUCUCUUGGCACCGAGGAAGUGUCCACCAGCAGAGCAGUGGAGUCGGUGACCUGA